AUUCAAAUUUGAACAGACACAAGCUGUUUUGUCGAGGAAGAGCAGCCGAGAAGACAGGAGCCCAGAGAACUUCUCGUUUGUUUCGUGUAUUUCUGUAGUCCCAGGCAGCGCGGAGGACUGCUGACGUACUCCGUUUGGUAACUACUUCUCAAGAGGAGAAGACUGGCCGAAAUGGACCCGUUUACUGAGAAACUUCUGGAGCGGACCCGGGCCCGCAGGGAAAAUCUACAGCGGAAACUAGCAGAGCGUCCGAACGCUGUGAGCAGACAGAUGGUGAAAAGGCCCCUGACUGAAUCCAACGGUACCAUCGCUGACCCGGCCCGUGAUAAAGCUCCACAGAUAUCUUCCAAGCCGUCUCCUUCCAAACGCAGGUGCUCUGAGGAAAACAACCAAUCGGCACCAGAUGAGGAGAACCAGGGGCCAGUGAUGGCCCGGCCUGUGGCCCCGGCACCGUCCGAUCCCCUGACGGACAAGAAACCCCCGGUGGGCCCGCCCAGCGUUCGGUCUUCCACCUCGCUUGAGAAGACUUCAGCGCGGCCUGCUCGGUGCCAGCCUGAGGAGCUGAAGGCUGCACAGCCGGAGAACGCCAGCGUCACUCCGGGUCCAGAUCCUCCGAGCGACGGGGGAGCAGCGACGGAACCCUCUGGUUCUGGCCUGCAGAGAAACAGGGCAGACCCGGUGGAGGAUCCAGCUCCUUCUGCCGCUGGCAUGAAAUCACGCCUGCAGAGGCUGGCACAGCAGAGGAAGUGCUGGGACGGGGAUGACGGCUCUUCUGAUGCAGUGCAGGGCAGCCCCCCGCUGACGUUGGUAAAGAGGCCAGCUGAUGCCCAACCCCCCACCACGCCACCCGCCUCAGAAGCUCCCGUCGGGCGGAGAGGCAGGCUGGCCAACCUGGCGGCCACCAUCGGAUCCUGGGAGGAUGACCUCAGUCACGCCCACAUUCCUAAAGAGAAGCCAGCCACUGGUUCUGUUGCCCACGUUGCUGUCAAAGUUGCCCCUGUUGCUGUGAGCUCAAAGCAAAGUGCAGCACUGAGCAGCUCAGCAGCAGCCAGCAGGUCUGCUUCCAACAGCAAGCAGGAUACUGUGCAUUCCACAGUAAAGUCUAGUCGAGUGGUUCCUCCAAGCCCUCAAAAGGCUGAAAUCCCAGCAUCUAGACCUGCCGUUCAGUCGGAGCAGAACCCCCUGAAGAACUCCAAGCUGGGAGCAGCCCUCCCACCCAGUCCACACAAGACGUCUGCCUCAGACGCAGCAUCAGCACCACAGAGUCCAGUGAAGACUCCGGUUUUCCCCAGGAUCCCUAACCACACCGCCAGCCCCCAUAAGCCACAACUCUGUGAUAGACCCGCCGUUUCUGUCCCAUUGGGCCACCAGGAAAAGGUCACCGUUGGAGGUCCUGGCGUAAAGUCCUUCCUGGAGCGCUUUGGAGAGAGAUGCCAGGAGCACAAAGAGCAGAGCAGCACUCCAGCCAGAGUUCCUGCAGCAGCCAACGCUGCUCCUGGAACUCCGUCAGUCACACCCAACACCAAGCUGGUGCAGGAGAGGCUCCGGGCCGCCCAGGCUGCUCACACCGCCACCGCUGAGCUCACGCAGAGACAGAAGAUGGAGCGAGAGUCUGAGCUGGCUCAGAUUCGCAGCCGAUUCCAGAAGGGGAAAAAUGUGUGGGAAAACCAGGACAAGCAGGCAGACAAUAAGGAACCACCUGCCAAAGCUACACAGAGGGACAUUUCCUCAUGUGACUCCCAGGAUGAAGCCACAGCACCAUCCACUGAGGAACUGAAUACACCCAGCAAGUGUCCUCUUCCAGCCUGUCCUGGAAUAAUGAUGACCCCGCCGGCCUCAGCCUCCAGCCCCAUGAGGAUGCUCAGCCAAGCUGGAGACAAGCUGAGCGAGGAAACCCUGGAGACGACCAAGGAGGAGAUGAAUGUGGACCAGAGCAUCGACUCUGCUGUUAUUAACGAACUGUUUGAUGGAGUCUUGGAGCAGAGUGGGGAUCAAGAGGAGGAAGAGGAUGAGGAGGAAGAUGCUUUAAAUAUCUCCUCCAUGUCCCUCCUCAUGCCGCUGGCAGAGACUGUAGCUGCUGUGGUGAAGAGUCCAGAAAGGAGAUUGAUGACGUCAACUCCAGCCAGCUCUUUUCUCGUGAAGAGCAACACUCCAGAAAUCAUCAGCAUUCCUGAUAAGCCCCAGAGAGCCAACGUGGCCCAGACCUCCUCCUCCUCCUCUGAUAGUGUCGACUUCUCAGACGACAACCACAAGCUGCCUUAUAGCAUCGAUGCAUACAGAUCCAUCAGAGUGAAGGAACCAGAGAGAGCUGCAGUGAAGCAGAUUAUAGUGAGAAAGGAAGAUGUCUCUAAAAGAGCGGAGGAGCCCCGAGCUGCUAGUCUCUUCUCUGUGAAACAGAAGAUGAAGAUGUUGACAAAUGAGGUGAACCUACAGCAGACGGUCAUCCAUCAGGCCAGCCAGGCCCUCAACUGCUGCGUCGACGAAGAGCACGGCAAAGGAUCGCAGGUGGAGGCUGAGGCGGAGCGGCUGCUGCUCGUAGCUACGGAGAAAAGGGAAGCCUUAAAGGCCGAGCUGGACCGACUGAAAGGAGACCCAUCUGGGCAGAAGAAACUUUCUCCUACAGAUCCAGAACCUGCUGCCGUUUGCGCCUCCAAGGGUUCCAUCACCCUGCAGGAGCUCCGCCUGCCUCUCAAGGCAGACUUUGUUUGCUCCACUGCCAACAAACCUGAUUCAACUAAACAUUCCUUUUUCAUCAUGAUACGCGCUGGAGUGGAGAACACAGUGGCCACUCCGUUGGCUAGCACUCACCGUGGCCUCAGUGGAGACACCCUCACCUUCCCCACCAAGUUCACUCUGUCGGACGUCUCCAGUGACUUCAAAAUAGACUUGGAGGUCUACUGUUUGGAACAAAAACGUGAGAUCUGCAGCGAGAAGAAGAAGAAACCCAACAAGUCAAAGGCCAUCACUCCAAAGAGAUUCCUCACCAUCACUAAAAGUGCCCAGACACCAGUGGUGGCGAGCCCCGGGGGUCCCAAUGCCGUCCGCACCAGUAACUUUGUGCUGGUUGGAUCUCACGCUCUGACCCUGUCCUCCAUCGGGAAAAACAAGUUUCCUCUGGAGAAGAUCAAAUUUGAAGGAAGUGAGAGGGAACUGCUCAGUGGCAUGUUUCAGAACAAGGUGCCGUUCUUGUGCCCCCUGGAGGGCCACAUCCACCUCAGGAUGCAGUGUGAAGUGGGCUCAAGGGUGGAGGAGAGGGGCUUCCUGACCAUGUUUGAAGAUGUAAGUGGGUUUGGAGCAUGGCACAGAAGAUGGUGUGUUCUGUCGGGAUACUGCAUCUCUUACUGGACCUACCCUGACGAUGAAAAGCGAAAGAACCCCAUCGGUCGCAUCAACCUGGCGAACUGCACCAGUAAGAUGGUGGAGCCAGCCAACCGCGAGUUUUGUGCCAGACCCAACACAUUCGAGCUCAUCACGGUUAGACCCCAGCGAGAGGACGACAAAGAGACACUAGUCAGUCAGUGCAUGAACACCAUGUGUGUCACCAAAAACUGGCUGAGCGCCGACACCAAGGACGAAAGGAAUCUGUGGAUGAAGAAGCUCAACCAGAUUCUGGUGGAUCUGCGGAUGUGGCAACCAGACGCCUGCUACAAGCCGCUGUAAUCACAGCACUCUCCCGCCGUCGGCCUUCAGAGCUCUCUGGACUGUCUUAUCAGAGAUGAACAAUUAAGUGCAAUAUAUAGAAAUGUUUAGUGUUUUUUUUUUGUUUGUUUUUUACGUGGAUAUUUGAUGGGAGAUGUCGAUAUCCGCUAUCUAAACACCAGAGCAGGUGACUAAAGCCAUAUGUUGGAGAUGUUUUGUUUACGAGCUGGGGCUUUGGAGCUAUACUUUAUUCAUUACCAGCCUUGUUCCUCAUGCUUAUGUGUUAUAGUGGUGUUUAAUGCCAACUUUUUAUGUCAUCCAAAUAUUUAGUCCGUCUGUAUUGCUUUAACUAACUGGGUUUCACUGCUGACCAGUACAUAACAUAUAUUGCCCAAAGGUUCAGGGUGACUACCGAGCUGAACUACUUGGUGCUUCUCACACUUUAUCCUGCAUGGCAGCACAAACCAACAGCAAUGCUUUUCAUAUGUUUGUAUUUUAUAUAUAUAUAUAUAUUUGCUUUUAAUGACUUGUGACAUUUAUUAAGAUACACCAAUUUUUUAUUUUAUUUUUUUCCCUGCAAUUGAUGCACCAGACAUUGUUUUGUUUGAAAUGUCUAAUUGUUUCAGUGUGGAACGUUGUGGAUAAAUGGGGACGGGUUCUGUUACAUACUCUACACUGAAGUUCCUCCAACACAUCUUUGGUGGCUAUGCUUGUGUCUAAACAUUUGACAGAUGCUCCGGUGACGGGCUCUUGUUAAGGAAUAUGUAGUCCGACCUGGUCGCUCCAUGUCGGACGUAAAAACGCAUUUAAACAAAGAUGGAGGAAGCAGACUGAAUGUUGGCCCAGAUAUUUGACUUGUUCACAGCUUGUUGUAGUGGUACCCAUGGCGACGUGCUCUUCCUGUUCAGUGGUUUAAAGCUCCGAAAAGGAAAAGCACGAUUGAUUGAUUUGGUAUGUAACAGACAUUGCUAGGCACCUGCAUGUGCUGAUCAUGUGUUUUUGAAUAUGAUUGGAUAAAAGAUGGCUCUUUUUCACCUUGUUGAGAAUGAAUACAAGUUUUAAAAAAAGAA